AGCGGGAACUUCUCCCUGCGCAUCGGCGCAAAAAUGACGGAUGGUCAGCACAACUUUUUAUGUCUCGUGCGGACAAAGCGUCACGGACACCUACCUUAAAUGCUUUGUGUGAAUUGGAGAACGGAGAAGAUGGAGAACGGAGGUUCGUUAUCGGUUUGCAUUUGAACAGCCAGUCCUGGUCCAUAGCUGGGAAAUGGAGACUCACCCAGGGGACAGCACCACAGGAGCUAACGUCACUAACUGCACGGGUCCACCUGCCAGCACCCUGCAUGUAAUCCAGUUCACAGACGGAAUGGCAGUGGUGGUUAUUGUGCUCGGCCUCCUCACCCUCCUUACAGCACUCAUAAAUGGGGCUGUCAUCCUCGCCAUCUGCACCACCAAGAAGCUGCACCUGCCUGCCAACUACCUCAUCUGUUCUCUGGCGGUCACAGACUUCCUGGUGGCACUCCUCGUAAUGCCCAUCAGCAUCCUCUACAUCACCAUGGAGACGUGGUCCCUGGGUCAGGUGGUGUGCGAGGUAUGGUUGAGCAUGGACAUGACCUGCUGCACAUGCUCCAUCCUGCAUCUGUGUGUCAUAGCCCUGGACCGCUACUGGGCUAUCACCAAAGCUAUUGAAUACGCUCGCAAAAGGUCGGCCCGCCGGGCAGCUCUCAUGGUGGCCACAGUCUGGGUCAUCUCAGUUCUUAUUUCUAUGCCACCUUUGUUCUGGAGGCAAAGGCCCAGAGUUAUCCGCCACCAACAGUGCGUCAUAGAGCACGACCACCUGGGGUACACCAUAUACGCUACACUGGGGGCGUUUUAUAUCCCCAUGAUGGUCAUUCUGAUCCUAUACUACAGGAUUUACCACGCAGCAAAGACACUGUAUCAGAAGCGUGGCUCCUCUCGGCACCUCAGCAGCCGCAGCAUGGGCAGUCAGAACUCCGUAGACCAUUGUCGUGUCUCCCACACGUUUUGUGUUUCUGACUUGUCCAACUCAGAUCCCACGCUGGCUACAGAAAAGCUCAAGGCCGCCAUCCGCGCCCCAUCCUCUGAGGCAGAUGUGGAUGGGCAGGAAGAGAAGAACCAGAUAUGUACAUCCCGUGAAAGGAAAGCAGCGCGGAUCCUCGGCCUCAUCCUUGGGGCCUUCAUAAUCUGCUGGCUGCCUUUCUUUCUGAAGGAGCUUCUGGUGGGUUUGCAGGUUUUCCAGCCUUCUCAGCUGAUCUCAGAUUUCCUGACUUGGUUGGGGUAUAUUAAUUCUCUCAUCAAUCCCCUGCUGUACACCAGCUUUAAUGACGAUUUCAAGCUGGCUUUUAAAAAGCUGCUAAAGAGAAAAGAGCAUGUGUAGAGCUACGCAGUCUGGUGGCAGUGUGCUACAGAACGUACAUCUCAAACAAAGUGUGUUCCCUGUAUUACUCAUUUUUUCUACUCUUUGUUCAUUACAUAUGCAUUCAAAUGGUGUUGUUUGAAAUGUGCUUUUACUAUAAAUUUUCUACACACACUGUAGAUGUGACUAGUAGACGUGAUAACAGUGUAACAGGACCACAGACUAAAAAAAUAUACUUACUUAUUUUUUCUUUCAAAUUACAUAAUUCAAAUCAUUUUGUGCAUUAAAGGGAUACUUCACCGCUGAAAAGCAAGUUGUGUUAUGAGAAUUGGAUAUUUUAUUAGCCAAAAUGUGCAAAAAUGUUUACUAUUGAUGGCCUGUGUCCAGAAAAAACAGGGAAAACGGCAGUAUUAUGUGUUGUGGCUGAAAAUGGUCAAAUCCUACAACACCCAGAAUCAUUGCAUUAAGACGACCCUCCCCACCUCCCGUGAUUGGAACUUGCCUGAUUUUCCCGGGCAUGUUACUCCUCCGUUUCACAGACCAACGUUUGGACAUUGCUUUUUAACAAAAGGUUAUAUUGAAUAUUACAGUGUUCAUUUAGCCAAAACCUUCUUCCUUUCUUCAGCUGCUGUUAGUGGCUGGAAAAACAAGAUAGUUGUUCAAGAGUCUCUGUGACGAUACGCGACUGUUGAUUAUUAUCUACAAAAUAAUUAAAUUAAUUGUUGAAUUAGUAUUAGAGUUGCCGUCAGCCAAGCUACUGCACAACAUUAGCAAAGUAAGCUAAACCUACUUCCGAGUACUCCCAUGUCCUAAACACGUCAAGCAGCAGCUCGUAACGGUGCUCAAACAGCGCAGGCUAAAACAAUAAACGGUUGAAUAUAUUACUUACUCUGUGCUUAUUCCACCAUCUUGUCCCAGCUGUGUUUUGCUAGUUUGUCUUGGCAUCCUGAAGCUUGUUUCGACUGCUACUUUGUUUACAUGCAGCACAAAACUAAUGAUCUGUAACACACACGUUCCCCCCUCAGCAGUAGGAUUUGCAACUUCAUCUAGGAUAAACCAGCAUCGGUAUAUAUUUAGUAUAGUGCUUAGUUAUAUUUAGUUGAGUUUCUAUCAGCAUGGUGCAGAAGCACAAUGCAGCUGGCUCUCUGCUGUCUGUGGCAGCCUCAUAGUCCUCCAUACGGCAUACAGAGGAAUACAUAAUAAUUUCUUUGCAUAGAAAAUAUGGGGGAGUGUUUUUUCAUCCUUAAAUAUUACUCAACAUGUUUUUGGUCAACGCCCAUUCAAAAUUGGUGAAGGAUUUCAUUAAUUAACCUUAAAAUGAAUAAAGAAGAAGUUUGACUUUAGUGUAUAAAAAGCUGUACAUCUGAUAGAACUAGUUAGAUUAACACUGACUCUGGGCUUUACUCAAUUUGAUGUACUGUAUCUUCUUCAAC